AUGACCUUCAUAGGCUCUAAAAAGGUGGUGCUGGAAGUAAACAGUGAAUUCAUUGUUGAGGUGAAAGAAUUAGACAUUGCAAAUGGCACUAUGAAAUGGCAAACUGUCAGAAGACAAAAGCGGGAGUGGAUCAAGUUCGCUGCAGCCUGUCGAGAAGGAGAGGACAACUCCAAGAGGAAUCCGAUUGCCAGAAUUCGAUCAGACUGUGAAGCGAACCAGAAGAUUACAUACCGCAUCUCAGGGGCAGGGAUAGAUCGGCCGCCUUACGGAGUGUUCACCAUUAAUCCUCGGACGGGGGAGAUUAACAUCACUUCAGUGGUGGACAGAGAGAUAACUCCACUUUUCUUGAUUUAUUGCCGGGCUCUGAAUUCGCGGGGUGAAGAUUUAGAAAGGCCUCUUGAGCUUAGAGUCAAAGUUAUGGACAUAAAUGAUAACCCUCCAGUUUUUACACAGAAUGUGUACACAGCCAGCAUUGAGGAAAACAGCGAUGCAAACACAUUGGUUGUAAAGUUAAGUGCCACAGAUGCAGAUGAAGAUAAUCAUCUGAAUUCUAAAAUCGCCUACAAGAUCAUCUCUCAAGAGCCAACAGGUGCACCAAUGUUCAUCCUGAACAGGUACACUGGAGAAGUCCGCACGAUGUCCAGUUUCCUUGACAGAGAGGAACACAGUAUGUAUAACCUCCUUGUGAGAGGCUCAGAUCGGGAUGGAGCUACAGAUGGACUAUCUGCCGAAUGCGACUGUAGAAUCAAGGUUUUAGAUGUCAAUGAUAAUUUUCCCACCUUAGAAAAAACUUCAUACUCAGCAAGUAUUGAAGAGAAUUGUUUAAGUUCAGAACUGAUACGAUUGCAAGCAAUUGAUCUUGAUGAAGAAGGCACCGAUAAUUGGUUGGCAAAUUAUUUAAUACUCUCUGGAAAUGACGGCAAUUGGUUCGAAAUCCAGACAGACCCACGAACAAAUGAAGGAAUUUUGAAAGUUGUCAAGAUGCUGGACUAUGAGCAAAUGCCUAAUAUUCAUCUUAGUAUUGGAGUUAAAAACCAAGCUGAAUUUCACCACUCUGUUGCCUCUCAAUUUCGAAUGCACUCAACCCCUGUAAGAAUUCAGGUUGUUAAUGUGAGAGAAGGCCCCUCAUUUCGUCCAAAUUCUAUGACUUUCAGUGUGCGAGACGGAGGAGUAAGAGGAGAUUCUUUAUUGAAUUAUGUACUUGGCACAUAUACAGCUGUAGAUUUGGACACAGGAAAUCCUGCAACAAAUGUCAGGUAUAUCAUAGGACAUGAUGCAGGUAGCUGGUUAAAAGUGGAUUCGAGGACUGCUGAGAUACAAUUUUCUAGGGAAUUUGAUAAGAAGUCAAAAUACAUUACAAAUGGGAAAUACACAGCAGAGAUCUUGGCUAUAGAUGAUGGUUCUGGGAAAACAGCUACGGGAACCAUAUGUAUUGAAGUUCCUGAUGCCGACGAUUACUGUCCAGUUAUUUUUGCUGAAAGUAGUACUAUCUGCAUUGACUCUCCAUCCACCCUGAUCUCUGUUAGUGAUCACUCUUUUGGGGCUCCCUUUACCUUCUGUGUUGUCGAUAAACCAGCAGGGACUGCUGACUUAUGGGAUAUCAGAUCAAUAAAUACUACCUCUUCGAUCCUGACAGCUGAGCAGCUUUUAGUUCCUGCAGUUUACCAAAUUCCAAUACUAGUGAAGGACAGCCUUAACAGAGCAUGUGAAUUGCCACAGAUCCUGCAGAUAGAAGCCUGUGAUUGUAACAACAACCACAUGUGCUUGUACUCUAGUACCACAAACAUCUACAACUCAGUGACCAAUGACAUAUAUGUCACUGAUGACCGAGUUGGGGGUUCCAAUGUUGGCCUCGGACCGACAGGGAUUGGCAUGAUCAUUCUUGGUCUCUUACUGCUACUUUUGGCACCACUGUUGCUGCUCAUUUGCUGUUGCAAACGAAGACGGCCAGAUGGUCUGGGGACAAGGUUUGCUCCUGUGCCGGAGGGAGGAGAAGGAGUGAUGCAGCCUUGGGGAAUCGAAGGAGCCCAACCCGAGGACAGGGAUGUGUCAAAUAUGUGUGUACCAAUGACAGCCUCUAAUACCCACGAACGUAUAGAUUCCUCUGAAAUCUACACUAACACCUACGCUGCCGGAGGAACAGUUGAAGGGGGUGUAUCAGGAGUGGAACUCAACACAGGCAUUGGGGCUGCCACUGGCCUGGUGGCUGCAGGAGCAUCAGGAACCAUGAGGAGGAGGAGCUCGACGCUAGGGAUGCAGUGGGAAUAUGCAGACACAGGCCUGAAUAUGGCUUUCUUGGACAGUUAUUUCUCUGAGAAAGCAUAUGCUUAUGCAGAUGAAGAUGAAGGUCGGCCAGCAAAUGACUGUCUGCUCAUUUAUGACCACGAGGGAUCAGGGUCCCCUGUGGGCUCCAUUGGUUGUUGCAGUUGGAUUGUGGAUGAUUUAGAUGAAAGCUACAUGGAAACAUUAGAUCCAAAAUUUAGGACUCUUGCUGAAAUCUGCUUAGACACAGAAAUUGAACCAUUUCCUUCAAACCAGAUCUGUAUACCUAUUAGUACUGACCUUCCUUUGCUUGGACCUAAUUACUUUGUUAAUGAAUCUUCAGGAAUGACUCUCUCAGAGGCUGAAUUCCAGGCAGAAAUGGCAGAAAUGGCAAUGUCUGAACCCAUUAUUCAUGGGGACAUUGUAGUGACUGAGACUUACACUACUGCUGAUCAAUGUGUACAGCCCACCACAAUUGUUUUUGAUCCUCAGCUCGCACCCAAUGUUGUAGUAACUGAAACAGUAAUGACACCUGUCUAUGAUGUUCAAGGAAAUAUUUGUAUACCUGCUGAGUUAGCAGACACACACAAUGUAAUCUAUACUGAGAGAGUAAUGUCUAGUCCUGGUAUGCCAGACAUGAAUAAUAGUAACAUGACUGAAGGUUGUAUGGGACCUAUGAUGAGUGGCAGUAUUUUGGUAGGGCCAGAAAUUCAAGUGACACAAAUGGUGAGUCCAGACAUUCACAUAAGCCAAACCACAUCCCCAAUGACAUCUCGACAUAGAGUAACACGGUAUAGUAAUGUACAAUACUCUCAACAGUAA